AUGGACACCACAGACAAAGAACUUCAAGCUCAGUACGACCAACGUCACCAGAAUCUUACGAACUCUAUGCAAGGCAUGUUCAACUCUGUUGACAAUGCACUUCACAACACCUUUGAAGAAGGAAAGAAGGCAGCCCAAGGCGCCCAAGAACGUGUUCAGAGCUCGUCUGCGGAUACAGCUCAGCCAAUGAAGAACACUGCCAACACUACUACCGACGACUUGAAGGCUCAACAACAUCAUGAUACCAUGGGCUACAAUAUUAACAAGAGUGCCAUGGAUGCUUGUCGUCGAGAUACGGACGCCAUCCGCGGGGCCGACCCUCAGAAAUUCGAAUCUGUUGGAGCCAAGAUCGAGGAUACGCUCGGGAACACUGCAUUGACUGACGAAAGUGUUGACCCUAGUGCUUACAAUAUCAAGCACAAAUAA